AUGAAGGGCUUCGAAAUUGAAUUAGAUUUAGAUGCUGAGUAUAUUAUGUGGAUGUACCAUCUAAAAUUCUUCAUUGAUUUAAAAAGAAAAUAUGAAACAUUUGUGAAAUUCAGAGGAAAUAAGGCAUUUUUAGAAGGAGGAGAUUAGCUUAGGGUUUAAUGUGCAGUAGAGGAUGCCUUAUUUAAGGCUAAGAAUGAAUUUAUUUAUGAUUUUUUGAUGCAAUCAAAUAAUCUUGAUGAGAAUUAUGGACCAUACUUGGAAUUGUUAAGCAAUUAGAAAUAUGAAUAGAUUAAAAAAGAAUACUAUGGAUUAUUUAUAUAUACUAAAAGGCAAUUCAUGUAGAUAAAGUAAGAAUUGAUUGAUAAAUUUGGGUACUUAAAAAAUUUCUCUCGACAAUACCCUUAAAAUUUUGUGAUAAUAUUCUUGCCUUCUAGCAAGCAAUCUUAAUUAAUUUAGAGAAUAUAAGAUUUAGUUAGACAUAUUAAUAAUAAUAUUGAUUAAGGGAUUACACCAUAAAGUUCAAAAUAUUAUAGUUAUAGAAAUAGAGAUUUGGCAUAGAGAAAUGUUUAUAAAAAGAUUUAUUAAAUAAAGAUGAGAGAUUUGUAAGCUAUUCAAAUAUUUUUAAUAUUUGAUAUAAGGAGAAUGGAAGAGUAUUUUAAGGUGUCUUUUACUUUAAAAGAUUAUCAUGAUUAUGUGAUAUUGGUUAUUUAAGGAUCAUCUGAUAAUGGAUGUUAAGAGGCAAUGUCAACAUUAGAGAAUCAUUUGAAACAUAAGAUGUUAUUUUAGAUAUAAAAAGAAUAAGGUGAUUUAUUUAAAGGAACAGAAUGGAAAAUAGUAAAAAUUGAAGAAAUAGAAUUAAUUGCCAAUAGAUUAGAUUAAUGUUUUGAGACAGAAAUUUUAAAGAGGAUGACUAAUAAUUUUUAGAAAAAUGAUUUCAUAUUUACAGAUAUUACAUAAUGGAAUUAUUUUAGAUAAAAAUAAAUGAAUGAAGAGAGUAAUUAAAUAUCUAGAUUGACAAAUAGUUAUUAUUAAAGUGAAGUUGAUAGAUAGAUAGACAGUGAAUUAAUAUAAUAAGAUAUUAGUGGAAUAGGAUAAUUAGAAUAAGAGAAUUAGAAAGAGAUAUUUCCAUAUAAAAAUAAUCAAGAUUGUAAUUCUGAUAUAAUUAUGUAACCUAUAAAUUAAUAGAUUAAUAAAUAAGAAAUAAUUUAAUAGAUAGAUAAUCAAUCAUCAGAUGAAGAAUAAUAGGAUAUGAAAUAAUUAAAAAUUAUUAAAGAUCACAAGGUUGAAACUUUAUAGGAUAAAAUAAUAAUUGAGUUUUUUAAUUAUAAGGAGAAAUCUAAAUUAUAUCUCUUUCUUAAUAAUUUUGAUGAAGGAUAAUUCCAAUCAGAUUUUGAUGCAUAUUGUUCAAAUAAUUAUAUUUUUCCAUAUGUCAUUCAACCUGAUUAUAGUCAAUAAAAUUAAUUGAAGUUUAUAAUUGAGAUUUUCACUAAUGAUGAUAAAAAUAAUCUUGAUUAAAUAAUAGAUUUCUUGGAUCAUUAUAUGAAUUGUUAAAUUAUGUUGGGAAUCAAAAAUAUUUAAUAAUUAUAAUAAAUAGAUUAAGAGGAGUUAGAAGAAUUAUGUGAUGAUUACAAUUGUAAUUUAAAAAUAUAUAAUUGUGAUCUAAGUGCAAAAUAGGUAGGAUGGUAGGAGAUUGAUGCUUAACCAUAAAAGAAUUAAAAUGGAAAAGAUACUGUCUUAGUAUUUUCAAAUGUAAUGCAUUGUUUUAUAGAAUAAUUAAAAGAUAAAGUGAAUAGUCUUAAUUAAUUUAGUAAAAAAAGCAUUAUUACUUUACUUUUUUAAUCUUAAUUUGAAUUUGCAUAUAAAUUAGGUGAAAUUAAAAAGCUUGAUAAAUUUGGUCAAUUUCAUUUAGAUGAUUGUUAUUGGGUGAAAAUAACAGCAAAGAAUCCUAAAGAAAUUAUUAAUAAUAUCAAAGAGAAUGAUUCUAAAAUAUUUAAGACAAUUUUAGGGAAAUAAUCUAUAUGUUAAAAUGAAGCAAUAGUAUUAGGUAAAGCAGAUGAGAAUAGAGAAUUUUAUGAUGUAUUUAUUCCUGAACUUUAUUGCAAAUACUAUGAAAAAUUAAGGAGUGAUUAUUUAGAACAUCAAUAUUUAGAGGAAGAAUGGAAAUAAGUAAAAAUUGAACCAAAUGAAAAAUCAUUUUUUAUAGAUGUGACUGAUUUAGAAAUACCACCUACUCAUUUAGAACCAAUAAUUGAAGUGAUUGCUAAAUUUGAAAGUAUUUUUAUUAUUAUUGAUUUUUUUAGGAAAAGGUAAAGUGAUUGAAAGUAUUACUAAUUUAUAGAAAGGUGUCUAUUUAAUUGGAAAAACUAAUAAUGUAAAUUCUGAUACAUUUGAAUUGACCAUGAACAAUCAUGUUAUUAGGUAUUUUUAAUAAAUUAAUUUCUAUUAGUUCCAUAAUAAACAUUAAAUGA